AAUAAUAAAACGAAAUGAUAAUGAAGCGGAUUCGGUGGAAGUGCAGAAACGGUGAAGAAAGCAGAUAACCGGAAAAAUGGGUGGUUUGAAAGCGGUUGCAGUCAUCACCGGCAGCGACAACUCCGUCAAAGGAUCUCUUCACUUUCUUCAGGAAUCCAAUGGGGUAACUCAAGUGAGAGGUAAGAUCUCAGGGCUUAAACCAGGUCCUCAUGGCUUCCAUAUUCAUGCUCUUGGUGAUACCACCAAUGGCUGCAAUUCAACUGGACCUCAUUUCAAUCCGUUGAACAAAGAACACGGAGCUCCUUGGGAUGAUACACGCCACGCGGGUGAUUUGGGCAACGUUAUUGCCGGCCAAGAUGGGGUUGCUGAGGUAUCUAUUGAUGAUAAAAAUAUUCCACUAAGCGGGCAAUAUUCGAUUUUGGGGAGGGCAGUUGUUGUACAUGCUGAUCCUGAUGAUCUGGGGAGAGGUAAUCAUCAACUUAGCAAGACAACAGGAAAUGCCGGUGCUAGAAUUGGUUGUGGUGUUAUUGGGCUUCAAUCUUCAGUGUAAAGCUAGCAAUCAGGCUCAUUUACGCUUUGUAUAACAUGCAUUUACUUCUUAAUCAUGUUAUGAGGUCUAAAUAUUAACUAUAGAAGCAUGUUUGGUAUAUACUUUCCUGGUAUGUUUCUGUGAAUUCAAAGUUAUUUCGGUUGUAUUAGUAUAUAAACUUGAGAUAAUAAAACGUGUCAACAAUUAAACGCUACUAGCGUAGUGGUGCCACCAUUAAUCUCCGCCACCCAGUGGCAGAUCCAUGAUUUUUA